CAGAGUCUCAUUCGAAAUCCUACCAACGAUUCCACAGGAUGCAAACUUUCACGGCUUAGUGUCCCAUUGAAUCAGUGUUCGGCUUUGUAGAAAAUCUAAUCAGUAAUGUGUACAACUUUCCACACCUUGAUUUUUUUGUUAUAUGUGAUUAGUUUUGUUCAAAUGGUUUGUACAUUAUCAAGAAUUUAAAACCAGAAGUAUUGAAGAAAAUAAAACAUAAAUUAUGAUCGUUAAUUUAAUUAGUGUUGAUAGGAAAUUUUCAUUCCGCUCGAAAAAUGUGUAUGAUCUGACAAGCAUUGUAAAACUUAAUUGUAAAGUUGGUAAUUCAUUGCACUCUUUCAAAGCUAUUUGAAGCAACAGUAUUUUAAUCGUGAGAAAAAAAAAAAACUUUUGCCAUAUAUAAAUAAACCAUGGAGAAGUUGCAUGACUACCAAGGAUGGACGGGACGAUUCCAUGAGUUCAAAGAAGGAUUACGCGCGAAACGUGAUGCAUGGCGUGAACAGAGAUCGGGUGGAUUUAUUCAAUAUCUUCGAGACAGCAUAACACCAUCAAACCAGCGACAGGACAAUAUCGACUCCAAUGCGCCUUGGGGAGAAAACACCGUGGAUUUUUCUCAUAUAUAUCGGAAAAAAUCGAGAUUGGAGUUGGUUCGCGUAUCUGCUGCGGUGAUGGGAAUCGAAUUUUCAUAUGCAGCAGAGACCGCUUUCGUAUCGCCCACUCUUCUUAAAAUCGGAGUACAACACCAGCAUAUGACGCUUGUUUGGUGCCUAUCGCCUUUGGUUGGAUUUUUUCUAACUCCUGUUCUAGGCUCAAUGAGUGAUCGUUGUAAAAGCAACUUCGGUCGACGUAGGCCAUUCAUAUUAAUAUUAUCCAUAGGAGUUCUUUUAGGGUUACUUUUAGUUCCAAACGGUGAAAGUCUUGGUUACGCAUUUGGUGAUGAAUAUCCGAGGACGUCUAACGACACCAUCAUUCCAAUUAAAAGUAUACUUCCGCACAGAUCCACAGCUCAAGAUGUUAGUUAUGAAGAAGAUGAAACCUUGACAAGUUCUACAAGAUCACCUCAUCCUUGGGGAAUACUUUUCACAAUACUCGGAACCGUACUUCUCGACUUCGAUGCAGAUGCUUGUCAAAGCCCAUCUAGAGCAUAUCUACUUGAUGUAACGAUUCCCGAAGAUCAUGCAAAAGGAUUAUCAACAUUUACAAUCAUGGCUGGACUUGGCGGAUUCAUGGGAUACUCUUUAGGAGGCAUCGACUGGGACAAUACUUUAAUUGGCCAAGCAUUUGGAGGCCACGUAAGGGCAGUGUUUUCACUUAUUACAAUUAUAUUCAUACUUUGCGUGUUUUUCACCAUUACGAGCUUCAGUGAAAUACCGCUUUGGAUACUAGACGAAGAGAUUCAUAAGCAAGACCCUGCUCCAAUUUGUAAAGUCACCAAAGCUAUGUCCGAGCAGGAUGUUGUCGAGAAAACUGAUAUCGCAUCAUAUGGAACUGUUGAAGAAGACAAAAUACAUCACCCUCAAAACAAUUUACGGAGAUUUACUAUGCCAGCUCCAUCUGCAAACCUUGAUUAUGAUGAACUUCCCGGAAGCAACUGCGCUGAAACUUCAUUUAUCAAAAAAGAUCCUAUAGAGAACAUGAACGAUGACAUUGAGCAUAAAAACGAUACAAUAACUCUAAGUACAUAUUUAAAAUCAAUCAUAUACAUGCCACAUUCACUUCGAAUGGUUUGUCUGACAAAUCUUUUCUGUUGGAUGGCACAUGUUUGUUAUUCGCUGUACUUCACAGAUUUCGUUGGGGAAGCGGUUUUUGGAGGAAACCCUAAAGCCCUGGAUGGAACUGAAGAGUACAUUAACUAUGAAGAAGGAGUUCGAUUUGGAUGCUGGGGUAUGGCCAUGUACUCACUGUCUUGCGCUUGCUAUUCUCUGAUCAUAGAAAAGUUAAUAACCAGAUUCAAGGCUCGAAAGGUAUAUGUCGGAGGAUUGCUGUUUUAUUGCUGUGGAAUGACGCUAAUGGCCCUGGCUAAACAUCGAGCCGGUGUUAUCAUAUUUAGCUGGACUGCUGGAGUAAUGUACUCAACUUUAUUCACCAUGCCAUAUUUACUGGUGGCUCACUAUCACUCCGAGGGCAUAUUUGAGGUAGUUGCUGAGGGUGACGAGAAGCAAGAGACGAAUGUUCGUGGUUUGGGAACCGACGUAGCAAUUGUAAGCAGUAUGGUCUUUUUGGCUCAGUUCAUAUUAUCUAUUUGUAUGGGAACAAUAGUUUCCUGGAGCGGAACAACAACGGCAGUCGUUAGUGUGGCAGCGUUUUUAAGUUUCUGUGGUGCUAUUUCAGCAACAAGAAUAAUGUACCUUGAUUUGUAAUUAUCGCUGAAAGAGUUUCGGACAAGUUAAUAAUCUUAAGGAUAAUAACGACGUUAGAGUCAAUAUUAUGAAUAUGUUUAUUAUGUGAAUAAUAAUAUGUAAUAUGAAUGAUAUAAAUAUAUGUAAAGCUUAAUUAAAUGGAAAA